CAUUCUUUUAUUUUGAAAGACAGGAAGAAGCUCAAACGUCCGUAGUAGUGCGUUGGAAGGAGUGAGUUAGAUGACAGAUUUGUCCCUUUUAUUGACUAAUGACAACGUUUCAUUGAGGCAAAAAUAUGGAAGCAGAAGUGCAUACAGCAGGGUCCACAGAAUUUGAGACUGUGGAGAUUGCUGAGUGUAAGGCGAGGAAGGUGAAGGUUCCCCGGAGGAUCAUUCACUUCGCCAACGGGGAAACCAUGGAGGAGUACAGUACUGAUGAAGAGGAGGAGGAGGAAGAAGAGGAACACGUGAAGCAGGUCGUUUCAGUUGACACGUCCAAACUGACCUGGGGUCCUUAUUUCUGGUUCCACAUGUGGAGAGUGGCAACCUCCACUAUUUCAGUGUGCGACUACAUGGGGGAGAAAUUGGCCUCUCUGUUCGGCAUCACCUCUCCAAAGUACCAGUAUGCUAUUGAUGAGUACUACCGCAUGAAGAAAGAGGAGGAGGAGGAAGAGGAGGAAAACCGUCUCGCUGAUGAGGCAGAGCGCACGUUUGCAGCGCAGCGGCGAGGCGAGCAAGAAAAUCCAGCUGCAGUGAAGGAGCAGCCGGAAGGAAAUGGAGCCACAUUUGUAAACGUCAGCUUUGAGCUUGAACCAGAGUCGUCGCUCAGGAAUCCCGAUCCAAGCAGAGUCCCAUCUCCUCUCCCCUCCUGAAAAAAACUGAUUCACACAUUUCAAAUUGUUGGUUAAACCUGAACUUACUCAACUCCAUGCACUAAUUUUUUAUUUUCCUUUUUUUUUUCUUUUUUUUUGUGCUUUUUUUGUUGUUGUUCUUGUUUGUAACAGAUUAAUUUAUUCACAACGGUGGAAGUGGCUGGGGAACGCCAUAUCUGUGAAUGUGACUUUGAGUGUUGCGUGUAAUCUAUGCAACACUAGAUGUCAGCCUGGAAAUGAGCCCAUGGCUGAGGCAGCGAAGAAAAGGCUGGGUUGAUGCUCUGUGCAUUAAUCUGUUCUUUUUCAUCAGUUAUAGAGAGAUGAAGCCGAUCAGAGGGACCAGGGCAAAUAUUGAUGCUACACCAAACUUAUCAGCUGAAAACCUUAGCAGCUGGAUAGAUCCUGGGUCUUCCAGACUGUUUCCUGGGUAGUUUUCUUCAAUUCUACUCCAGUAAAAAAUAUCAGGAUGAAGUGUCUUUUACUCUACAACAAGGUCCUGAUGUGUAACCACAUGAUCCCAGCAGAACAGUGCAGUGUCCCUUUUCGUCACCCAACACUUUGUUCUGCCAGUAUGUUGUGUGGAGAAACACACUUUAAAGGAGAUGUUACAGACCAGCUGGUGGUUUUGAUUGUGGAGAUGUACGUGAUGGGUGUGAAAUAUAGAGCGAAUAGUAGUUGUAGUCUUGUAUUUCAACAAUUCAAAGGUGCCAAAAAAAACAAGACUCCUGAAUGUAGAAACGAGUAAAAAACAUUCAGAAUUUCAAGAUGUUUGAGAGACCCCUCUCUGUGCUGACUCCUCUUUAACUGUGAAUGAAAGGUCCAAUAAACACCAACAUAUUUGCCUUAUAUGAGUGCUGUAAAGGGACAUUAAAGGCUGAGUAUAUGCUUAAGAGCUUUACUUUUGUAUUAUUAGAACAGGUUUGUGUUUAACCCCAGAAAAGAGGAUUUCUGGUGUUUGAUUACACUCCAGUAGAUGUUUAUACAUGUUACCCCUUCUGUUUUAGUUUAAGCCGAUGAGAAUCGGCUGAUUUGCGGCAAAAACUGACUUUGUAAGAGAACAACUGAUAUAUCCUCUAAUUUACACCCCAAUUUGUUACUCCAUGAGCUCUUUAAAUCUGCACAGAAUAAUCGAUUAAUGUUGAAAUAUACUGAUGAUUAUUGGUUUGUAGAGAUGUCUACAGAGCUUAUGUAUUUAUAAGUGUCCUUGCUUUGGGCAUCUUAAGCUUCUUAUUGUUAUCCACUGAUAUCACUAUGUUGACCUGCUUCAGAUCGCAGAGGGCGAACUCAAGUCAUAUGUGUCGCUAACAAAGAAACAGAAGUGCAAAAUAAUCCUCAGUCUGAUUAUUUUUGAAUGAAUGUGUUUCAUUAAAAACAACUUGCUGUCUUUGUGUGUGAAGAAACAGAAAAUAUGCAAUAUAUUUAGUCAUUUCAAUAGGAACCUACUGCCUAUAUAUUUAUUUGUAUUGUCUGUUUUAAUACAUAUUAAAUCACAGGGGAGGUCGA